AUGGACGACAGUUCAGCGAAGAAAAAGAAGGCUCCGGCUGCGAAAAAAACCACCAAGGCUUCAGGUUCAGGCGAUAAACCUGCGAAAGCACCGGCAAAACCUCGUGCGAAUUCGAAGAAAAAAGAAGGCAACUCAUCAAUGAAUGGACGUGCCGAAAACGGUAGUGCGGCAAAAGAGAAUGGUAGUGCUGCGGAAGAUCCGUUGGAGAUAUUCACAGAUAUUGAUAAGCAAUCGAAGAACUCGCGGCUGAGUAUCGAGCGAAUCUAUCAGAAGAAGAGUCAACUGGAGCACAUUCUGCUCCGACCAGACACCUACAUUGGUUCAGUGGAACGAACCGAUAAAGCGCCAAUGUGGGUGUACGAUGCCGAGCAGGAACGUAUCGUACAACGCGACAUCACCUACGUACCGGGUCUCUUCAAGAUAUUCGACGAAAUACUCGUGAAUGCGGCCGACAAUAAGCAAAGAGACCCAAAAAUGAAUCUCAUCAAAGUUACCAUCGAUAAGUUGGUUCUAUUUUAUCAUUUUGAUUACCGUCAUAUAGCGAACAAAGUGAUCAUUCAAAGCGAUUGUUUAAGAUUAAGAUUAACAUUCUGA